AUGUCUGAAAUAUGGUCAUUGGGUGCUAAGCGACUUCUAGCACGUGUUAAUUCAUUUCAUCAACCAGAUUCAAGCAAAUCAAAAUGUAAAUUGUUUGUUUGCAAUGACCAACAGAUCGGAUGGAUUCGUGAAGAUGCUGCAGAGCAACUCCGCCGAUAUCCAAAUGUUUUCGUUGAACAUUCAGAUCGGUUUACAUUAGCUGAGCAUUUAAAUACUAAUGAAAGUCGUUCAGAAGCUGUUGCUCAAGUUGUAAAUGAUAUGCGUGCACGAGAUUGUCUAAAAACAUUACGAGGUUGGCGAGAUGAAUUGUAUCUAGUAAAAUCAGCUUAUAGCCAACCACCGUUGUUUAAAAUCGAACGAGCUGCUACAAGUAUAUUUGGUAUACGAAAAUAUGGUUCACAUGUCAAUGGAUAUGUUAUUGAUGAAAAUGGCACAUGGCACAUGUGGAUUGGAAAACGAUCAGCAACAAAACAAACUUUUCCUGGCAUGUAUGAUAAUAUGGCUGCAGGUGGCAUGAAUCAUGAUUUGACACCAACUGAGUGUAUGGCCAAAGAAUGUGAAGAAGAAGCUACAAUUCCUAAAGAAUUAGCACUUGAGAAAUUAAAAGUGGUGGGAGCCGUUAGUUAUACUUACGAAGACGAUGAUGGUAUACAUCCCGAGGGUGAAUUUCUUUAUGACAUUCAAUUACCAACUACCUUUACACCUAAUAAUAGCGAUUGUGAAAUGGAAAAAUUUUAUCUAUGGACAAUACCCCAAGUGAAGCAAGCUAUCAUUGAAGAUAAUUUCAAACCUAAUUGUGCUAUAGCUGUACUUGAUUUUCUUAUUCGUCAUGGUUUUAUCACGCCUGAACAAGAACCUAAUUAUUUUGAUAUUCUAUCGCAAAUGCAUAUGCCUGGACAUUAA